GAGGGGGUGUCACAGCCGAGGCCAAUAGCGAGUUACUUCGCUGCUGGGAGGUGGGAGACUGGCCUCAGAUCCGGUUUUUAAAAGCUCAGAUGGUUUUAAUGUCCUGCUGUCCUGGGUUCAGCUAUCUUAUUCUGUCCUGUGCGGAAGCGCAGUUGCAGAGGGACGCCAGCGAACCCCGUCUCGUGCACGUAGAGUAGCCGGUUAGCGUGAUAAAUCGGUUAAAUUACCCCCUCUCUCGAUUGCGGGCCUUGAGGUUGCAUCACAACACAUCGACACAUUGCAGCUCUCGGCAGAAACACGCGUCAAAAGUAGUGGAGCUUCGAGCUUCUUGCGUUGACAACCAAGUGAGAACCCGAACCUAGCUUGACGUCAACAAAAAAAACAUAAGAAAAGAUGCUGCAGGUGGGGGUGAUGCGUUUGGGCCUGGGCGCCCUGGUGCUGAGGCGUGCCCACUGCCUGUCGCGCGCUGUUCAUACCUCCACCCAGAAGGUGGAGUACAAGCCCAUCAAGAAGGUCAUGGUGGCCAACAGAGGAGAGAUCGCCAUCCGGGUGUUCCGGGCCUGCACGGAGCUGGGCAUCCGCACGGUGGCGGUGUACUCCGAGCAGGACACCGGGCAGAUGCACCGGCAGAAGGCGGAUGAGGCCUACCUGAUCGGCAAGGGCCUGGCGCCCGUCGCCGCCUACCUGCACAUCCCCGACAUCAUCAAAGUGGCCAAGGAGAACGACGUUGACGCGAUACACCCGGGCUACGGCUUCCUGUCGGAGCGCUCUGACUUCGCUCAGGCGUGCGUGGACGCGGGCGUGCGCUUCAUCGGGCCGCCGCCCGACAUCGUGAGGAAGAUGGGAGACAAGGUGGAGGCCCGCGCCAUCGCCAUCAGAGCAGGAGUGCCGGUGGUUCCUGGUACCGACGCUCCGAUUGCCUCUCUGUCGGAGGCGAAGGAAUUCUCCAACACGUACGGCUUCCCCGUCAUCUUCAAGGCCGCCUACGGUGGAGGGGGGCGUGGCAUGCGGGUCGUCCGGGAAUACGAGGAGCUGGAGGAGAAUUAUCAGAGGGCGUAUUCUGAGGCCCUUGCUGCGUUUGGGAACGGGGCCUUGUUUGUGGAGAAAUUCAUCGAGAAACCGCGUCACAUCGAGGUGCAAAUUCUGGGUGAUAAGUACGGGAACGUGGUACACCUGUAUGAGCGGGACUGCUCCAUCCAGCGGAGGCACCAGAAGGUGGUGGAGAUCGCCCCGGCCGCCCACCUGCAUCCUCACCUCAGAGACCGGCUGACCGCAGAUUCCGUUAACCUGGCCCGACAGGUGGGCUAUGAGAAUGCUGGUACAGUGGAGUUCCUGGUGGAUAAACAUGGGAAGCACUACUUCAUCGAGGUCAACUCCCGUCUGCAGGUGGAACACACGGUGACUGAGGAGAUCACAGAUGUGGACCUGGUGCAUGCACAGCUGCAUGUGUGUGAGGGGCGGAGUCUGGCCCAGCUGGGUCUGAAGCAGGAUAACAUCCGGAUCAACGGCUGUGCCAUCCAGUGCCGCGUCACCACGGAGGACCCGGCCCGCGGCUUCCAGCCCGACACGGGCCGCCUGGAGGUGUUCCGGAGCGGAGAGGGAAUGGGCAUCCGGCUGGACAGCGCCUCGGCGUUCCAGGGAGCGCUGAUCUCCCCGCACUACGACUCCCUCCUGGUGAAGGUCAUCUCCUCCGGGAAGGACCUCCCGGCCGCCGCCGCCAAGAUGAGCCGCGCCCUCGCCGAGUUCCGCGUGCGCGGAGUCAAGACGAACAUCCCCUUCCUUCAGAACGUGCUGAGUAAUGACCAGUUUCUGUACGGCACGGUGGACACGCAGUUCAUCGAUGAGAACCAGGACCUGUUCAACCUGAAGCCCGUCCAGAACCGCGCCCAGAGGCUGCUGCACUACCUGGGUCAUGUGAUGGUGAAUGGACCAACCACGCCCAUCCCAGUCAAAGCCAAGCCAUCCUCCAUCGACCCAGUCAUUCCUUCUGUGCCUAUGGGCGACCCCCCGGUGGGUUUCCGGGACGUGUUGCUAAGGGAGGGGCCUGAGGGCUUCGCGCGGGCGGUGCGUCGCCAUGACGGCCUGCUGCUGAUGGACACCACGUUCCGCGACGCGCACCAAUCACUGCUGGCCACGCGUGUGCGCACGCACGACCUGAAGAAUAUCGCCCCCUUCGUCUCACACAACUUCAGCAACCUGUUCAGCGUGGAGAACUGGGGCGGUGCUACGUUUGACGUGGCGAUGCGUUUCCUGUGUGAGUGUCCGUGGCGGAGGCUGCAGGAGCUCAGAGCUCUGCUGCCCAACGUGCCGUUCCAGAUGCUGCUGCGCGGAGCCAACGCUGUGGGCUACACCAACUACCCCGACAACGCCGUGCACAAGUUCUGCGAGGUGGCUCGGGAGAAUGGCAUGGACAUCUUCCGGGUCUUUGACUCGCUGAACUACCUUCCCAACAUGCUCCUGGGCAUGGAGGCGGCGGGGGCAGCGGGGGGGGUGGUGGAGGCGGCGGUCUCCUACACGGGCGACGUGUCCGACCCCAUGCGGCAGAAGUACUCCCUGCAGUACUACCUGGACCUGGCCGAGGAGCUGGUCAAGGCCGGGACCCACAUCCUGGCCAUCAAGGACAUGGCCGGGCUGUUGAAGCCGGAGUCGAGCCGGCUGCUGAUUGGCUCGCUGCGGCAGCGCUUCCCGGACAUGCCCCUCCACGUGCACACGCACGACACGGCGGGCGCGGGCGUGGCGGCCAUGUUGGCGUGCGCGGAAGCGGGGGCGGACAUCGUGGACGUGGCGGUGGACUCCAUGGCAGGGAUGACAUCACAGCCCAGCAUGGGCGCCAUAGUGGCCUGCACCAAGGGCACCAAGCUCAACACAGGCAUCGCCCUGGAGAAGGUGUUCGACUACAGCGAGUACUGGGAGGUGACCCGGGGCCUGUACGCCCCCUUCGACUGCACCGCCACCAUGAAGUCUGGGAACGCCGACGUGUACGAGAACGAGAUCCCGGGCGGCCAGUACACCAACCUGCACUUCCAGGCGCACAGCAUGGGGCUCGGCAACAAGUUCAAGGAGGUGAAGAAGAGCUACACCGAGGCCAACAAGCUGCUGGGAGACCUCAUCAAGGUGACCCCCUCCUCUAAGAUUGUGGGGGACCUGGCUCAGUUCAUGGUGCAGAACUCUCUCUCGCGGGCGGAGGUGGAGGAGCGGGCAGACGAGCUGUCCUUCCCCCUGUCUGUGGUGGAGUUCCUGCAGGGCCACAUCGGCAUUCCGCACGGAGGCUUCCCCGAGCCCUUCAGGUCAAAGGUGCUGAAGUCGCUCCCCCGGGUGGAGGGCCGUCCCGGGGCCUCUCUGCCCCCCAUGGACUUCCAGGCCCUGGAGAAGCAGCUCCGGGAGUCGCACGGUGAUGACAUCAGCACGGAGGAUGUGAUGUCGGCGGCCAUGUACCCGAAGGUGUUCCAGGAGUUCAGGGAGUUCACCUCCACCUUCGGCCCCGUGGACUGCCUCAACACCCGACUGUUCCUCGACGGGCCCAAGAUCGCCGAGGAGUUCGAGGUGGAGCUGGAGAGGGGGAAGAUUCUGCACAUCAAAGCCCUGGCCCUGGGGGAUCUGAACAAGGCCGGGCAGAGGGAGGUGUUCUUUGAGCUCAACGGCCAGCUCAGAUCUGUGCUGGUCAAAGACACUGUGGCCAUGAAGGAGAUGCACUUCCACCCCAAGGCGCUGAAGGACGUGCGGGGGCAGGUGGGGGCGCCCAUGCCGGGGAAGGUGGUGGAGCUGCGGGUGGAGGAGGGCCAGCGGGUGGAGCGCGGCCAGCCCCUCUGUGUCCUGAGCGCCAUGAAGAUGGAGACGGUGGUCAACUGCCCCCUGUCUGGCACCGUCACCAAGAUCUACGUCUCGCCCGACUCAAGCCUGGAGGGCGACGACCUCAUCCUGGAGAUCAGCGAGUAGGCGUGGCCUUGGGGCGGGGCCUUGGGGCGGGGCCUUGGCUCGGGGGCGGGGCCUUGGCUCGGGGGCGGGGCCUUGGCUCGACCGGGAGGAGAAGAGAUGGACCGAAGGAGAGGAGGAGAGAUCGAUGACUCUUUUCAUUAAUUAGUAAACAAGCGUGUAAUUAGCGGGUCUAACGCAGGAAGUCCCUUUUCUCAUCACCACGGUUGCUGUGGUGACCACCUGUUCUCCCCCCCACCCCCACCACAAGUGCAUCAGCACCUUCCUGUCCUCCACUUCCUGUUACCGAUGCGUUUUUGGCACGUCUGCGCUUGAGUGGGAAAACCUUCUGUGCUGCAGCUGCCCGAACAUCGUCUUUAAGAAUUAAUCUUAAUCUUAAUCUUAAGAACAUAAAAACUAAUUGUAACAAUCACUUAACUGUCACUUUAGUGGAGUAGAGCAUCGGUAAUGUCAGUCUAAUGUUAGUGUUAGCCUGACCUCGGGUGGAGGUCGCCGUGGUGACUAGUGCGUUCUUACUUUAAUCUGCUCCUGUUACCGUGGAAACACUGCCAUGCAGUGGCUAUGGGACUGAAUGGCACAGUUAGUGUCCAUCCUUCCCUCUCCCUCUCUCCAUCCUUCCCUCUCCCUCUCUCCAUCCUUCCCUCUCUCCAUCCCUCCCUCUCUCCCUCUCUCCAUCCCUCCCUCUCUCCAUCCAUCUCUCUCUGUCCCUCCCUCUCCAUUCCUCCCUCAAGAUGGAUAGUUUACUACAUUAUACCCACUCACUCUCUCUCGCGCGCACACACACACACACACACACACACACACACACACACACACUCACACUCACACUCACACUCACACUCACACACACUCACACACACUCUCUCUCUCACACACACACACACACACACACACACACACGUGCACAUGUACACAGCCACACACACACACACACACACACUCUCACACACACACACACACACACACACACACACACUCUCUCUCUCUCUCACACACACACACACUGUCAUACACACUCACACACACACACACACACACUAUGCUCCCUCACACACACUUCUCCUGUGUUAUUUAACAGGUUUUAUUGAUUCUCUCAUUCUGCAGUGUUCCUGCCUCUCCAUUUAUUACCAAGUGGGCCUUUUCCUGUUCUUAAUCUCUUUCCUGUCUUAACAAAUCCUAAAUGUGAAGUAAUGUUUAGUUACAAACUGGCUGAGUUUGAGUUGAGCCCUGGGGUUUUACACUGAGACAGCGUUAUGUGUGUUGGUGCGCGUGUGUGAGUGCACGCGUGUGUGGGUGCACGCGCGCGCGGGUGUGUGUGUGUGUGUGUGUCUUCACUGCCAGUCCUGGCCGGGGCGCAUUCUGUGGACAGUGACUCCAGGGUUCUAGAACACUGAGAGAGUGAGUGUUCCAGGAAUAACCCACAAGACGGACUGUCCAGACCCUACAUCUGCUCCUUUAUUUCUGUUUUAUGUGUGUGUCCGCAUAGUCAUAAUCCGAUAAUAAUCAUAAUCAGAUAAAGCACCAUCGUGCACUGACACAGGGGGGCUCCAUGUUUCUGUGUGUGACAUUAACUGGCUGCAGCCAUUAUUUGCAGUAGCUCUCCUUGCAGUAUUAAUGGUAAAUUGGGGUAAAACAGGGUAACUGUGUGUGAUUGGAUGAGACGGAGGUGAUCAAAUGGCCUCCCAGCCAAUCAGAAUGCUUCUGUAAAACUCAGAGGUGCUGGACUGCCAAUGGAAGGGCUCAUAUUAAGGUUUUGGACCAGGUCACAGGACUGCGAUAAGUUAGGGAGGCUGUUGGAAUGGGAACUGAAGGUUUCUCCCUGCACUGUGUCAGUCUGAGGAAAUAAAGUGCAUCAAAGUC